AUGAGUUUUAAUAAGGAAUCAAAUUUGAGUGCUCGGUCUAAACGAAGACGUAUUCAAGAAGAAUUACAAAAUAGUAGGAAUAAUUAUGCACAUUCUUUUAAUGAGUCGCAGACACUAAUUAAUGAUGAACACUCUCAAUCCAACGUUGAUAUUUGUUUUAAUACAUCAGUAUCUCAACCAGCAUUUAAUGAAAUAAUAAAUGAAUCUU